UAUUCUUACGUAUUCUUGCAGGUACGACAAUACAUUUAUAUAAUAAGGUUACAUUUGUUGAUGUAUUGGAAUGGAUGGGAGAGAAAAUGAAGAAGUUCGUAGAAGAUUUUCGGAAGAUCCGGGAUGUUCAGAGAACAAUGGGAAGCUCCCAUCCAAUCAGGAGGAUCGAUUAUAUGCAGGAAUCAGAGGUCAUGAAAGUUACAUUCUAUUCCAUUUCUUCACAAUGUUUGGAGUUUGCUUCCUAAUUGGAGUUGCCAUCAUUCACCUUAGUCUAUGCAUGAACGCAAACACAGCUCCUGUUUCCAUAUUUAGUAUGGUGUUGAAUGAAAAGGGCAAGACUCAGGAAAACACAGAAUCUUAUUCAGAACUUUACGCUAAGGAAAAACCUCUUUGGCACGCGUUCGAAAACCCAUUUUUACUAGCGCCGAGUCAUGCUGAGAACGUGACUGCAAACGUUACUGGCGUUUUCGCAAAAUUUUUGUAGAAACUGGAACCAUCUGUUGUUAUUUGCACAUUCUUCAUUCUUCGUUGAAAAUUCAAUCAAACUGAGAUUUAUGAAACUGGAUUUGUCACCAAUACAUGCAUGUAAUGCGAGGAACAACCAAGGACAUAUUGUGCCAUUACCAGUUCAAAAUUAAUGCAAGAAACUUGUUGUUAUUUCCACCUAUGUAAGAAACGCUCAUAAACACAAUAUUAUGCAUAACAUAGAAACAAUAUGUAUGUUUCAUUAUCAUUUUAUUUAUUUAAGUAUAUUCAUUUAAAUCAAACCAAUCAAAAUCAUUUUCGUAUCCAAGAAUUGCUUUGUUAUUUGACUUUAUUCUCUAAAACGGUAUUUACUUAGUAGAGCUGGACUACUAGCAAACUAUGUGCAUCUUUAAAUAUGAAAAUUAACUUUCAACCAAUCAGUUUCCUAACUAUUUUAAUUCACUUUUCUGUAUGUUACAUCACAAUUAGUUUAUUAAUUAUUCUCAAACACCUUAUUAUGAUGCCAUAAUGUGCCUUCUGUUACAACACAAAUGUUUACGUUGGUAGAUGUCGGUUAUUAUUUGUAGUCAGGUGUGGACUUAGAAAUGUUAUAUCGUAGCGUUGUGGGUGUUUUUGGUGCAGGUGAUUAUUGCAACUGUGAUGUCAUAAUCAUUAUCAAUUGGUUCAUUGUUGGUUCACAAUAUGUUGUUUAUUGCUUAAUAAGUUGCCAUGUUACUUACAGUGUGGGAUAACAAUGCCUUCUGUUCUGUAAGAAUCCUAAUUUCAAUCAAAUGAAUUAAACUUAUUUUGGCCCGAAUUGUUUUUUAUCUAUAAUUUUGUUCAAAUUGUUUUAUUCUAUGUAAUAUAAUAAAUCAAACCUAAUGUAUUUGCACUGUGUUGGGCGAACCAUCAACAGUACUUGUAUAUGUAAAUAAACCACAAGAAUGGAAUCUA